GGGCAGCCCCGGGACUCGGCCGGUGUCCCCUCCCCGGAGCCCCGGCCCGCCCCUCCGCCGCGGCUGGUGGGAUGAGCGCCUCUCCCGUCCCUCUCCGGACCGCCUCGGCUCGCUACAGCCUCCCACUUCCCGGUGCAGCCUCGUCUCUCCUCCACAUGGCUUGGCAAAACCCCUCUCCUGCCGCCCGCUGUUGAGAUUCCACAAUUUGUUAUUCUUUCCUUGAGGAUCACUACCAUCACCACCAAAAAAACAACCCACCCCAACCUCGGCAAAUCCUAUCCCUUCCCCGCAACUCCUCUUGCUAUUCGGAUUUCCUUCCCUCUCUCCUCCUCCUCCCACUCCCCCACCCCCCCAUUUCUUUGGGUCUUGAGUCUCUCUCUCCCCUACACACACACACACGCCUUGGCACACACGGUGUGAAUGGUUUGUGGUACUUGCUGCUGCGCCACACAGAAACCGCUGAUGGUUUUCCAAAGUCCCACCACCACGCAAAGCCCUGCCCUAGCCUGAAGCCGAAGAUGCUGGACUAUAUGCUUGGAGUCGGGAUGCAUUUUGCUCACAGCCGCUUCGCCUCCUGCAAUUUCAUCCGAUGGCAACAACUGAAGCACCCCUGGGUUUUAAAACUAGUAGAAGGAUGAAAUUAAACAGGUGUUGAGGGAAAGCUAAGAGAAUGAAGGCUCUAAGUCCCCAGUGGAAGCAUGAUAUGGCGCUGCAGUGCUGGUGCUGAAUUGUUCUCUCUGAUGGCUCUAUGGGAGUGGAUAGCACUGAGUCUUCAUUGCUGGGUUUUAGCAGUUGCUGCUGUUUCGGAUCAGCAUGCCACAAGCCCCUUCGACUGGCUCCUCUCUGAUAAGGGACCCUUCCAUCGCUCACAGGAAUACACAGAUUUUGUGGACAGAAGUCGACAGGGAUUUAGCACAAGAUACAAGAUUUACAGAGAGUUUGGCCGCUGGAAAGUGAACAAUCUUGCUGUUGAAAGAAGAAAUUUCCUUGGCUCCCCACUGCCACUUGCCCCUGAAUUCUUCCGUAACAUAAGGCUACUUGGACGCCGCCCGACCCUUCAACAGAUCACAGAAAACCUUAUCAAGAAAUAUGGGACACAUUUCCUACUAUCAGCUACCUUGGGAGGAGAGGAGUCACUCACAAUUUUUGUGGACAAACGGAAGCUGAGCAAGAGGUCAGAAGGAAGCGAUCCCAGCACGAACAGCUCUGCGGUGACUCUGGAGACCCUGCACCAGCUUGCAGCCUCCUACUUCAUUGACAGGGACAGCACGCUGCGCAGGCUCCACCACAUCCAGAUUGCCUCCACUGCCAUAAAGGUGACAGAAACGCGGACUGGUCCUCUUGGCUGCAGUAACUAUGACAACCUAGAUUCUGUCAGCUCUGUUCUGGUUCAGAGUCCUGAAAAUAAGAUUCAGUUGCAAGGUCUUCAGGUCAUCCUGCCUGAGUAUCUGCAAGAACAUUUUGUCCAGGCAGCUCUGAGCUAUAUUGCCUGCAAUUCAGAGGGGGAGUUCAUCUGCAAGGACAAUGACUGCUGGUGUCAGUGUGGUCCCAAAUUCCCGGAAUGCAACUGUCCGUACAUGGACAUUCAAGCCAUGGAAGAAAAUCUGCUCCGAAUAAGUGAGACUUGGAAUGCAUACAAUAGUGAAUUUGAAGAAUCUGAUGAAUUCAAAUUAUUUAUGAAAAGGCUGCCCAUGAAUUAUUUCCUGAACACAUCUUCUGUAAUGCAUUUGUGGACAAUGGAUUCUAAUUUUCAACGUCGCUAUGAGCAACUAGAAAACAGCAUGAAGCAACUCUUCCUCAAGGCACAGAAAACUGUUCACAAGCUCUUUGGCCUUAGUAAGAGAUGCCAUAAACAGCCACUCAUCCGCAUGCCAAAGCAGAGAUCCUCCAACUAUUGGCUCAACCGCAUCCAGUCCUUUCUCUACUGCAACGAAAAUGGCCUCCUGGGAAGCUUUUCGGAAGAGACUCACACGUGCACCUGCCCUAAUGACCAGGUUGCCUGCCAUGGCUUCCUCCCCUGCACGGUCGGAGACGGCUCCGCGUGCUUGAGCUGUGCUCCUGACAACCGCACGCGCUGCGGGAGCUGCAAUGCUGGCUACAUGCUGAGCCAGGGGCUCUGCAAGCCCGAAGUGGCGGAAUCAACAGAGCACUACAUCGGGUUCGAGACUGACCUUCAGGACCUGGAAAUGAAGUAUUUAUUGCAGAAGACAGACCGGAGAAUUGAGGUCCAUGCCAUUUUCAUCAGCAAUGACAUGCGCCUCAACAGCUGGUUUGACCCUUCUUGGCGCAAACGGAUGCUCCUUACUCUUAAGAGUAACAAGUACAAGUCCAGCCUGGUCCAUAUGAUACUGGGCCUUUCCCUUCAAAUUUGCCUAACGAAAAACAGCACCUUAGAGCCCGUUCUUGCUGUUUACGUCAACCCUUUUGGGGGCAGCCACUCCGAGAGCUGGUUUAUGCCUGUGAAUGAAAAUAAUUUCCCAGACUGGGAGCGGACUAAACUGGACUUACCCCUUCAGUGUUAUAACUGGACCCUGACACUGGGCAACAAGUGGAAGACAUUUUUUGAAACUGUGCACAUCUAUUUGAGGAGUCGAAUAAAGUCAAACGGUCUGAAUGGCAACGAGAGCAUCUACUAUGAGCCCCUGGAAUUUAUUGAUCCCUCAAGAAAUCUGGGCUACAUGAAAAUCAAUAACAUCCAAGUGUUUGGCUACAGCAUGCACUUUGACCCAGAAGCAAUUCGAGACUUGAUUUUGCAGCUGGACUACCCCUAUACUCAGGGAUCACAGGACUCGGCACUUUUGCAGUUGUUAGAGAUCCGGGAUCGUGUAAAUAAACUCUCUCCACCUGGUCAACGUCGUCUAGACCUCUUCUCUUGCUUGCUCCGUCACAGACUCAAGCUGUCUACCAGUGAAGUGGUGAGGAUCCAAUCUGCUUUGCAGGCCUUUAAUGCCAAAUUGCCAAACACAGUGGAUUAUGACACAACCAAAUUAUGUAGUUAACCAUAAAUGUGAAGCACAACACAAAACUUUGAAGGAGUUUUUACAGUGCUCUUGUGGAACAGUUUAUGUUUGGAAGAGUAAAUUUAAAUUGUCUUUUCAAUAUCUGUCUUAUAUCAGUCAAUACUGUUGGAUGGCAAUUUACACACAUGAACUUGCUGACAAUGAAUAUAUUAUACCUGCGGUUUUGGUUUAUGAAUGAAAUAAAUACUGACACCAGUCUAGAAGACAUUCUACUUUUUACAAUAAAUUUCAUUUGUAAUUUUAUAUGUUCUGUGGCAAUGCUUUUGUGCAUUACAUCCUCUAGAGGGAACAUAGAAGGAUACCAAUAAAAUUUUGUAGCUGAACAGUUAUUAAAAAGAAAUGCUGUGGGAUUCUUUUUUUUUUUUUUUCCACAAAAGUAGUAACUUUGAUACACUUUUGUGUGUGGUGAACACAGGAGCUGUAGGUAGAGAGAAGAGAGGGACUCAAGAUUUUAACAGAAACUGCAGAGAAGUCAAAGCCAUAGCCAUAGUGCCAACUGUCAUGAUGCUUUACUGGCUACACCUGAGACUUCCCUAAGGUGCGCCCUUUUUCAAGGUGCUCAACGUGACAUCCAGGCUGCAGCGCAGUGAGUGGGUCCGGGUGGAGAGGAGGCAGGAGGUCGGUGUUGCGAGGGGCACGGUGACCAAAGGUUGCCUUAGCUCAAGAGCAGACAGGUGAGAGACUGUCUUUGCGACUGAUAUUACUCACCUUACAAAAGAAACAACCUUCUCCAGCCAAAGCACGUUUUGAAAGUCUCUAUAAUCCAUUAUUCGCAUAUUUAUAGAAUUAAGCACGUAUAUACAUUACCUCCUCCAAAAUACACACAUUAUAAUAAUUAUCUAUAAUUAUCUGUUUUGAACUAUUUACCUAAAUACCAUCCAUGCGGAUUAGAUUCAAAUUCAUUAAAAACAUUUUCCUGACAAUGCAACUGUUUAGUAUGUGGAUAUUAUUUUCACUGGUACAGAUAAUAUCCUUUCAGCGCAAGAUGUUGCAUUUUUAAAAAAACAUACCCUUAUACAGAUACAUGACAGCUAUUGAAAUCUAGUUUGUAAAGCUGAAGGUGCAAUAAAUAUGUCAUUUAUCAAUUAAUGAAAUUAAUUAAAUGUGCACAACUGUGGAUCAGAAUUUGGUUCUUUGGUAUCGUACACGUUCCAGCAGAAAAAAUACACUUAAGACAGCAGAACUUGGGACUCUCGGGAAGGUUUUGGUGCCUGUUGCAAGAGAGAGUACAAACGGCUGGGCUGCCGGAAGGAAGCUGUAAGGAAAUACAGAUAAAACGCAGGAAAUUGUGGCAAAGUCUUUUAGUAGCACCUCGUUACGUUAAGUCUGACUCUGUGCCAUUGAUGUAAAAGCAAACUUGUUCUUUUACAAUGGGAAAGAAUUACAUAUAAAACUACCAUUCUAAGGGCAAGCACAGAAAGAAUAAAAGCCAUAUUUAAUUCAUGUACAAUUUUAAUUCAAGUAGACUUCAAUUAAUUUCAGUUACAUUCAAUUUUAUUAAUUUCAAUGUAGUUAUAUCACAAUUUAAUUCUGAAUUGUAGCCUAAUCUGAAUUUAAGGUCCACUGCUUACUUUUCUAGCUAGACCACAGCAGCACCAGAAAUGCAAUGCUUCAUCAAUAUAUGUAAGCAAAACAAAAUGCAAGGCAAGAAACGCUUCAAAAAGCCUAAUGACAAACACAAUCUUCUUUUCUUUAGUGAUUCCUGUCUCUCCUGAUUUCACCAAAUAUUUAUAAGGAUUACUAUUUUGCCACCACACAUUCAGAUAAUUCCUCAGACCUUCUAUACUAGGAAGCCCCCUAGAACUAAAAUUAGCAUUUUUUCUCUUGUAACCAACCUCUAGAUGAAUUCCUGUUUGGUUUCUCCUCACAGCUUACUUUUGCUGAUAGAUCACGUAUCUUCUAUGUGUCAAAAUUUUGGCUUGCUCUUGCAUUGGUAAGACCUUCUCAGGUACGAUUCCCACUACUCCCGUUUUCAUCUCCAAGUCUUUCCUUUGGUAUGUCCUUGGCAACUAUAAUAAACUGUAGAAUUAGAUAGUUUGAUUUGACUAGUCAGGACCUUGUGCAGUCUUUUUAAAUAAACAAAAGACUAUGCUGUUAUAAAAUGAACAAAAAUCAAAAAAAUCCUCUUCUGUCCGUAGAAAGUAAAACUUACAAUAGAAACGUGGGGUAAUGAUAAAUAAAGCAAUUGCUUAAGUGAUCUCUUCACUAGGGAAAAAUAUGAAUAUGUCGUGGUAAACGACCUGAGUCGUCUUUCCCCUUCUCUCAUGCUCCUUCUUAAAAUAGUUCCUCAAUGACUAUUUUUUCUUUCUGUUUUUUUCUGGGGGGUUGGUUUGGUUUGUUUUUUUUUAAAACGCCUUUCUCUACCAAGAUGUAAAGUUCUUUGCUAUGCCCAAAUACACAAUAGGAUGUACAAAUAAGAAGCCCAAAGAGGCUUCAGUCAGGAGUCAUUUAAUUAUUAUACAUCACAUUAAGUGUAUUUGACUGGACCAGUGGAAACCCCCUGUCAUUACUGUAUCCUUGUGCCAAAUUAAAAGUCUGAUA